ACACUCUCUCUCACUCCUCCCUCCCCGUCGAUUCCCGUCGAUUCUCGUCACUUGAGAAAAUUCCCAUAACUCCAAUAGCUCUCUCCGGCGAGGGGUUGCUGACCGGAGUUCCGGCGAACAUGUCGGAGCCCGCCGGACAUCCUCCACUGCCUCCGCCGUAUCGGAAGUACCAACCCACACUAUCGCGGUCUUCCCCAUAGUAUGCGGUGGCUCCGUUUGUGUCAAAGAAACAAAGAAAAAACCUCCCUCUUAUCGCUGUACAGAAUUCCACAAGUUUUUUCCAAAUUCUGGGUCUAUAAUUCCCAACAUCAUGAAACGUUUGUAUUGCCUCCUGCUUCAAUUUUCUUUAAGUGAACCGCUGGAUUUUUCUACAACUGAAGCUUCGUUCAUUGAGUUAAACAAAGAAAUUAAUCGGUUGGGAUUCGAGGGAAGUUUUGGGGACUUUUGUGGUCUGGCAGAUUUUUUGUUCAAAGAACUUGAUUUGAGCUUCAAGCGAGUUUUCCAUGAUUUGAGAAGUAUUUCGUUCAGCCGUUCUCCUGAACUUGCUCGUAGAGAUAAUGAUUUGUGGGACACCAUUAAAGAGUUUAUCUUGCUCUUAAGAAGUUGUUUGGUUAUCUUGACUCUGGUUGCUUUCGAACAAAAUGUUCUACUGGAAAAGGGCGGUGUUCUUCUUUCAGUAGUCAGGAAAUUGCUAGAUUUGAUUACAAGUGGAAAGGAUGAGAAAGAGUCCAUCAGUUUGGAGAAAUCUUUUUUACACGAAUGCAGAAUCACUAAAUCUGAUUGUACUACCUUUGUCUCUGAGGAUGUUGUUGCUUCCUUGUGUAUUUUAGAACCCUCCGAUCCAUGCCAUCCAUUCAUAUGUGCAGUCCUUGAGGUAUUUGUGGAUGAGCUUCUAAUGCAUAGAUCACUGAGAGAAUACUUUAUGCUGGUAGAUUCUGCAUCUUCUACUACUAAAAUGGUAUUUAUGCACAACUUAGUUCAUGGUGGAAUCGGGACGGUGCUGGAGGUGAUUUCUGCUCAUUUCAUCCUGUCAGUUUCUGAUGAGCAGGCAUUUCAUAAUUUCCUCAAUAGACUAUGUUGGGCACACUAUGAGGAUUUGAGAGUUCCUGAAUUAAGCCUGACAACUGCUUUAUCAUUGCAUAUGAAUCCUGUCAUGCUAUCUGCACCAAAAUUGUUCCAAGCUCAUUUUAUUUCACUCGUUUCUGAAGUCAUUGGCAUCGGUGUAUUCUUGAAAUCCCCAAACCCAGAUCAUAGGCUUAUGGACUGGUACCUUGUAGCAUUUGAGACGGCAAUCACGUUGUAUAAUAGACAUAUGUCUAAUUCACAUGCGGAAGAUGCUCCAUUUAAUUCCAAUGGCUGUUUUUCCAGUUCAGGUGUGCCUCGGAAUAGUGGUCAGCAACCUUUUGAAUCUUACAUUCAAAAGGUUAGGAGAGAACAAAUUGACAAUCUUACUUCCAAGUAUGAGAACACUUGUUUGCUUUUGAGGGAAAAAUCAGAACUUCUAGCCUUAUCGAUUUCGUAUGUAGUGGAGAACCAACAUAUUCUUGAUGAAUCACAUAAAGAUGAUCUUUUGUCAAUCUUACAUUGUAUAAUUCUUGGAGCUUCUCAGGAUGAUGUUCAUGACAUCGAAAUUUACAAGACUGGGUAUACAAGUCACCAUGACAUAUAUCUUCUUGCUUCUAUAUUGAAGUUGAUGAGUUCAUCAAUGUUGCCUGUUAUUUGGUGUCUAAGGCACUGUAGAAACUCUGGUGGCCUUAAAAUCUUACGAGAUGUUUCAUCUUGUAAGGAGUAUGGUUUUAUUUUGAGCAUCAUCAACUGUUUUCAAGAAUUUGAUAUUUCCCUACCAAAUCAGAAUCUCAUAUCUAAAGUGAUGAAAUCUCACCCAAAGAGGCAUAAGAAUUCCAAGUGGAUGUUCCUGCAUUUUACAGGACUACUGGCGUUAAGCUUUACGAGAGGGUUUGACUUCUUAGUGAAAGACUGUGUACUUGCAAUUAUGACAACAUUGAAUUUGUUUGUUUUUGAAGAGGGAGAUUUAGAUGCAUUAUCAUCAUUAAUUGGCUCUGAGACAGCUGAAGAGGGCUUGCUACACCUAAAAUAUGGUGAAACAGUUGCAAUGAAGUUUCAAAAGGUUCAGACAAUUCACAUGAGCACGGAUUCUCUCACAAGCUGCCAUCAAAGAAUACGCGAUGAUUUGGGGCAAUCCGUGGAAACCCCUCCCAUCCAUAAUAGUCUAAGGGAAUGUACUGUUGGUGUAGAGGAGGCAGAAGAAACUUGCAGCGGGGAGAUAUUUCUAAAAUGUUUGCUAGAAGACUCCAAGGACUCUUCAUCUUAUGACGAUAUAGCAGACUUUGUAGAGUGCAAGCGUGGGAAGGAUUAUUUGCAGUGGAUGAAGAAUAAACAAAGAUAUCGAAAAUGGAAAUCACAGAAAUUGGCAGUAUUGAGAUGGAAGAAAAAGAAAAAGAUUUGGAAAUGUAUCAAAACAAAAAAUGACAACUGAUUUGCUGUACAUAACUUUUUUCAGUAUAGUUUUCUUGACGAAACUCAAUCUGCCAAAUUCAAUUGUUACUAGUCUAGAGAGUUGUCCAAACUGCGCGGUAUUACCGAGUUAGUAGCACCGGGAUAGCUCCUUGUUAUGCAGGUUUUUUCGUCUGUUUUGCAGAGCAUUUGGCUUGGGGAAUUCAUGGAAUAGAAGAAUUUCUAUAGGUGCUGAGUGAUCUUGGGGAGAUUUGAUCUUUAGUUAGGUUUAACUUUUGUUAAUAUCCUUUUAUUCAGAUAUAAAUUUGGGCAAAGUUUACUUGUAGUCCCUGAAAUUUUGGAUUAUGAUUCUAUUUGGUUUUUAGGUUUCAAAGAUAAAUUACCGUUA